AUGGAGAACCUUUCAAAAUCUUCAUUUUCAUCAGAACUCAUGAAAUCAAGUAAAAAUUUGGGUAGAAGGAAAGAGACCAUGAAGGAACGACUUCGUAAAGCUUAUAAUGAGAAACGUUUAGGAUUACCUCAAUCUGAUCCUAGUGUUCCUUUGUUUGUGAAUGUGAAUGAAGGGGAUGAUUUAGGUGAUCACGUGAUUUCUGAAGACGAUGGCAAAAGUCUCGCAAAAGAUCAUCCUUCGAGAGCCAAGUUCCCUGAUACCAAGGUUCAGCGCAAAGAAAUAAACUUGAUUAAUCAAAAUGUUGUCUUGGGAAGUGCUCUUAAACGAGGUUCAAAUGGAGAGUUUAUAAUGCCCAUUAGAAAAAAGAAAAAAACUUACAUGGGUUUAACUUUAAAGGCAAAGGUAAUACAAGAGCCAACAUUAGAAGAUGACUCCUUUGAUAGUUCAGACUCUCAAUAUGACACCGACGAAGAGAUUGAAAAAAAUUCUGAAACAGAAGGAAGUGAAAAGGCUACAAAACCAUCAAAGGAUCAAUCGUUUAAAGAAUGGGCAAAAGAACAGAUGGGCAUGAAACCACAGAAUAAUCAAAUUGAUAGCAUCAUAAACGAAUCUAGUACCACAUUCACGAAGUCACAGAAAGAGACAAAAAAGGUUAAUAAAAAAGUUUUGAUCCAAGAAGGAAUCGAUAUUACUGCUGGAAGUUUAAUUGAUGAUUAUAAACCUAAUGUUAAGUCUCCUGAACCUAAAUCCAUUAAGAAGGCCUUCUAUGUCCCUGUCAAAAGAAACAGGGAAACCCAAGAAGCUAGAAUGAAGCUUCCCAUAUGUGGUGAAGAACAAACCAUAAUGGAAGCAAUAAGUAAUAAUCCAGUAGUAAUCAUAUGUGGCGAGACAGGUUCCGGCAAAACAACUCAAGUACCACAGUUUCUAUAUGAAGCUGGUUAUGGUAACAAGGAUAGCGAUAACCCGGGAAUAAUUGGUAUAACGCAACCUCGACGUGUUGCUGCUGUGAGCAUGUCAAAACGUGUGGCACAGGAAUUAUCAUUAAGCGAGCAAGAAGUUUCUUACCAGAUUAGGUAUGAUGCGACAACAUCGCCAAAAACCAUUAUCAAAUUUAUGACUGAUGGUGUUUUGCUUCGAGAACUUGCCAAUGAUUUCCUUUUAUCAAAAUACUCCUCCAUUAUAAUCGACGAAGCACACGAAAGAAGUUUAAAUACUGAUAUUUUGAUCGGUGUUGUUAGUCGUGUACUCAAAUUACGAGCCGAUUUAAGUGAAGAGGAAAAAAGCAAAAUUAAGCCGUUAAAAAUUAUUAUUAUGUCGGCAACUUUACGUGUUUCUGAUUUUACACAAAAUAAAAAUCUAUUUGUUGUGACUCCUCCGGUUAUUAAUGUUAAUGCUCGUCAAUUCCCUGUUUCUAUUCAUUUCAAUAAACGGACUCCUGAUAUUGAUCAUAUUAGUGAGAUAUUCAAGAAAGUCUGUAAAAUUCACACCAGACUUCCACAAGGAGGAAUCCUUGUAUUCUUGACUGGUCAAAACGAAAUUUCUAUCCUUUGCAGAAAACUUCGUAGGAAGUUUCCUUAUAUAAAGCAAAACAAAGAUACCUAUAUGAGCAAACAAUUGUUGGAAGAGAAGGAAAUAAUCAGCGAAGCAGUUGAAAAAGUAAGAGAAGGUUUAACCGCAAAAGAAGCCGAUAUCGAGACUGAAGAUUUGGAUAUUGGUGAUAAAGAAGUUGAAGAGGCCGAAUCAUUUGAUACUGAUUCUGAAGAUUCUGAAGAUUUUGAUAAUGAUGAAAUGAUAGUCGAUCAGCAUUUUGCAACUAACGUUGCGGAAACUUCAUUAACCAUUCCCGGUGUGAAAUAUGUUGUAGACUGUGGGAAAGUUAAAGAACGUCAAUAUGACGUUACAACGGGAGUGCAAUCGUACGUAAUUGGUUGGACCUCGAAGGCGUCAGCAGAUCAACGUGCUGGACGUGCCGGAAGAACGGGACCUGGACAUUGUUAUCGACUUUACUCGUCAGCAGUAUUUAAUGAUCAAUUUCAACAAUUCACGGUUCCAGAAAUUCAUCGUAUGCCCAUUGAAGGAGUAGUAUUACAAAUGAAAUCGAUGAAUAUAGAUACUGUUCUUAAUUUUCCUUUUCCCACUCCACCUGAUCAUGACAAAUUACGUAAAGCCGAAAAUUUAUUACAAUACCUGGGUGCUUUAGAUGAAGGUGGAAGAAUAACUGAACUUGGGCGUACUAUGGCAACGUUUCCCAUUGCACCUAGAUUUUCUAAAAUGUUAAUUAUUGGACAGCAACAUGGAUGUCUACCUUACAUUAUCGCUAUCGUUUCGGCUUUAUCUGUAGGUGAUCCGUUCAUUAAGGAUUAUCAUUUAGAAAAUAAUAGGAAUUCUGAUGAAGAUGAGAAUGAAGAUGAUCUCAAUGCUCGAUCUAAUGAAUUGUCUGGUAUUCAAAAAGAAACCAUUUUACAAAAAGAACGUCGAAAAUUAAUCAGGAAAAAUUUCUAUGACAUACAAAAGAAACAUUCCGGACUGGAUCCUACUAGUGAUAUCUUAAAAUUACUUAGUGUUGUAGGCGCGUAUGAAUAUGAAGGGGGCACGGAUAAAUUUUGUGAGAGUAAUUUUGUUCGUCCAAAGGCUAUGCAAGAAAUACAUAAAUUAAGAGGACAAAUAACAAAUAUUGUACAAAUGAAUUGUCCUGGAGUUGAUGUCUGUGUCGAUCCAAAGAUGAAACCACCAUCAACGAAUCAAAUUCAAGCAUUAAAACAAAUUAUUGCAGCGGGGUUUAUAGAACAGGUAGCAAUACGUAAAGGAGUAAUAGAUAAAUCAUCAAAAACAUUUUCAUCAACAAGAAAUGUAGUAUAUUGUACCAUGUGGACGGAAGAUGAUGUAUUUAUUCAUCCCACGUCUAUAUUGUAUCAUAAUAAACCACCAAAUUUUGUCGUAUAUCAAGAACUGCAUAAAACAAGUAAAGUUUGGAUGAAAGGUGUCACUGUUGUGGAGUCCAGUUGGCUAUCCAAACUUGGUAAAUCAUUAUGUACAUUUUCCAAACCAGUUGAAUUGACAACAAGCAAAUCAAAAAAGAAAAAAGACACCGAGAAAAUAGCUUAUGUAACUCCAAGUUUUGGUCCCAAAAAUUGGGAAUUAUCUCCCAUGAAAAUAGUAGCACAAAAAGUUAAUGGUAGAUGGACCUAUGGAUCGAUAUAA